CAACUUGACUUGUUGACUUGUCACUUGUGGUUGAGCUUCUGUAUAGUAAUUUCCAAUUGUUGAUUUUUAUAUAUGAAUUGACCAAUCAUCUCAUAUAAGAUCAUCGUCUUUGUUAAUUUUCCAUUGGUGAUUUUCUGCAAAUUUUCCAAUUUCCAGCAGCCAGGUUAUUCAAAUCAAAUCUCUUUGGUUCUUUGCAGGACAGCAAUGAAGAUUGUAUUUCAACUGUCAGUUCAUUUCAGUCUACUCGUUUUCGUUUCUUGCUAUGGUGGUAAUGGAUACGACCCUCUCGAGAACGCCUUAAAGAUCCAACGUUCUAGAAGAUCGGAACAGAAGCAUGCAAGUAAUGAAGAUCACACAACCGACUAUUCAACCUCACCGGUAUACAUGGGCCCACAAGAUGGGUUGAAGGAGGCUGACAAGAUAUCAGAGUUGCCAGGUCAGCCAGCCGGAACAAACUUUGACCAGUACUCAGGGUAUGUGACUGUUGACCCGAACCACGGAAGAGCACUGUUCUACUAUCUUGCAGAGUCACCUGUCAACUCUUCCACUAAUCCUCUUGUACUCUGGCUCAAUGGAGGGCCGGGCUGCUCUUCGUUUGGAAACGGGGCCAUGAUGGAACUUGGACCGUUUCGAGUCAAUCCUGAUAAUACAACACUGUCACGGAAUAAAUAUGCAUGGAACAACGUUGCAAAUGUACUGUUCUUGGAAUCCCCGGCCGGAGUUGGAUUUUCUUACUCAAACACGUCUUCAGAUUAUAUAACCGACGAUGUACAAACCGCAAAAGAUUCGUAUACGUUUCUAGUUAAUUGGUUAGAAAGAUUCCCGGAAUACAAAACUAGAGAUUUUUACAUCACUGGAGAAAGCUAUGCAGGGCAUUAUGUACCUCAACUCGCACAACUAAUUCUUCAAAACAACAAGAUCACCAACCAAACUGUCAUUAACCUGAAAGGAAUCGCUCUUGGAAAUGCAUAUAUUGAUGAUGAAACGGCAAACACAGGAAUGUUCGACUAUUUCUGGACACACGCGAUCAUUUCUGAUGAAAUCCAUGAAGGAAUCAUUUCCAACUGCAAUUUUUCUAUGGGUGCUGCCACAACAAAAGCAUGUCUCGACUAUCAAAUGCAGGCAUACUCUGCUAAAAGCAACAUCUAUUUCUACGACAUCUAUACCCCUUUAUGCUCACCAUUCAGUAGUAGCACUCCCUCGAUAUCGGGAUUUGAUCCAUGCACCGAGAAUUAUAUUCAAGAAUACCUGAACACUCCUGCUGUGCAACAAUCGCUCCAUGCAAAACCCGUUCAAUGGGAAUCAUGCAAUGUCUUGAUCAAUUUAAGCUGGAAGGACAUGCCUUUUACAGUAUUGCCUGUGAUUCAGGAUCUAAUGACCAGUGGAAUCAGUGUUUGGAUCUUUAGUGGAGAUACGGAUGGGAGAGUAUCAGUGACGUCAAGUAGGUAUUCUAUAAACAAACUACAAACAUCAGUCAAGAUACCAUGGUAUCCAUGGAUGUACCAAGGCGAGGUUGGUGGAUAUGUUGUGGGAUACGAUAACCUAACGUUUGUGACGAUAAGAGGAGCUGGACAUUUCGUCCCAAGCUACCAACCAGGGCGCGCUCUAGCAUUCUUUACUUCCUUCUUGGAGGGAAAGCUUCCUACCAAUCACUAACUAAAGUUCAAGAAUAUUACGUUAAGAUUGAUCUUCGAACAUGGGUUCAAGUUAUACUUCUGCUGUGAGUAAUUUUCCGAACAAUAUUACAAUGUUGUGCUUAUGAUAUUCAUGAGUGAUCAUUAGUUGUAUCAACAUCGUAAAUGUGACACUACGACGAGACAUAAAUUGGUGAUCGGAAAUUCAUAUGGAUUCAUAGGCAUACAAAUGAAUCAUAAAUUAUAAUCAUUAAUAAUUUUAUUGUUAUUA